GUGAACACAAUAUAAACUGCUACAUUCAGGUAAGGGUGAAUUAUUUUUAACACCAUUAGAUUUAAACCAAAAUGGUGAACUGUGUACUAAGACCAAUAAUUUUUUUUAAUAACUUUAAGAUUUAAACACAUUAUUCAUUACCAUAUUUACAUUAUUAACGUUCAGUCUCUCAAAUACGUGCAAAAUAUAUACACACGCCAUACUCAGUACUUCUCAAACUAUUAACUAAGCAUUCACCACCGUUAAAAUUCACGUGUUUUUGACCCUGUUGGCCUUCCAUAACCGUUCAACGUUGUCUGGGUCCAGUUGAGUGUUGAACGUUCUUCAUCCUUGCAGGUCUUAAGGUCCUAGUACGAUGAACCGUAAAAGGGAAAAGGUGAAGAGUACAUGGCUGAAUGUGGAAUCCCCAAGAAAGCUCCGGAAGAACCGUGUGGGUGUAGCACAGUCAACAUGCGAGGAUGGAGAUGCUCAGGAUGGUGGUAUGAGUGAGGUUAGCUCUCCUGGACUCAACACAUCUACUGGGUCAGCUGGACUGGGCCACAUGGAGAACAUGUGUCUCAGCACUCCACGCAGUUCACCCAAAACACGGUUAAAACUGACUAGACGCCACAGAGCAGUGUCGAGAAAAAAGAGUCAGGGUGAGGACACUUUUUCAGGACAAUCCUCUGUUGGACCUCCACCUCCUUCUGCUGGAAAGAAAUGCAGAAAUCCACAAGAAGGGCAGAAAGUAUUUCUCUUCAAAGCACUGAAUGAUGCAAUGGGGUAUGCAAACAAAAAGUCAUCAAUUGGUGGGCCUAAAAGUCUAUAUGCAAAGAAAACCCCAGACAAGCUUAUAAAGGCAAUUGAGGUGGAAAGUACCUCUGAGCUGGACUGCUGCUCAUUCAAUGAGAAGAAUGACCAACUGAUCACGAAUACAGAGGAUAGGCCUCCCUCUCUGGAGUUCAUAGACACACAAGAUGAUGGGGCAGAAAUAAAGCUGGACACCAGGAGUGUGAUUCUGAGGCGUCCAGAAUCGCCGGAUUGGUCCGAUGAUGAAGACUCUGAGCAGGUUGAAGUUUUCUCACAGGACUUUGAGUCUUUCAAACCAAAGGGGCGACAAACAAAUGAGCUUAAAAGGGAUUGUAAGCUUGUGGACUUCAGUAACACUCCUCCACCUUUGAAAUGCAAGACUUCAUCACCAGCUUUAAAGUCUUCAAUAUUCCCACAAGCCCUGUGGGAACUGAAGUCACAAGGUUGUUGUGACACUUCUCCAACAAUCCCAGCCAGGGAUAUGGAGCUCUUGUCAGAGCUUCCGCCUCAGAACACUGCCUUUGACCUCGAGCCACCCAAGAACUACUCGCACUGUAGGACAGUUCGGCGGUCUAUCCCCAGGCUCAGAACCUUUGAUUACUCGCCUCUUACUACACGCAGGACUUCAGAAUCAAAUAUUUACACAUCCUCACAUAUGCUCCAUGCUGCUGAUAGUGCCACUCGUGGGAUGUCUGUUGGCUCGGAGCCUCUUUGGCUGUCAGAUUUGAACUACUCAGAAGCAGAUUCAGCAGGAUUUAUUGACACGCACUGUCAUCUUGACAUGCUCUAUGGGAAGUUGGGUUUCCGGGGUAGUUUCAAAAAGUUUCAGAGCAAGUAUGCAAGUAGUUUCCCAAUGGAGUAUAUGGGCUGCAUUGCAGAUUUCUGCAACCCACGAAUCACUGAAAGAGAUGCCAUCUGGGAAGGUCUACUGGGAGAGGAGAAAGUGUGGGGAGCCUUUGGUUGCCACCCGCAUUUUGCCAAGGAGUAUAACCAUGCUCAUGAGCAAAGCAUCAUGGGUGCUAUGCGUCACCCUAAGACCAUUGCAUUUGGAGAGAUUGGUUUGGAUUACUCCUAUAAGAAUUCCACAGACUCAAGAAAGCAGAAAGAGGUGUUUGAACGUCAGUUGCAGUUGGCCGUCUCUCUCGGGAAGCCUCUUGUCAUACAUUGUCGUGAUGCUGAUGACGAUGUCCUGAAAAUUAUGAAGAAGUGUGUCCCCCAAGAUUACAAAAUACACAGACACUGUUUUACCAACAGCUACUCAGUGAUUGAGCCGUUCCUAAGUGAAUUCACUAACCUGUGUGUGGGUUUCACUGGACUUGUGACGUACCAUCAGGCUGUGGAGGCUCGAGACGCCGUGAAGAAAAUCCCACUCGACAGAAUCUUACUGGAGACAGAUGCACCAUAUUUCCUACCCAGACAGGUGCCUAAGUCCACAUGCAGGUUUGCUCACCCUGGUAUGGGCAUACACACACUGCAUGAGAUUAGUCUGCUGAAGGGAGAGAGCCUAACCACAGUACUGCAAACAGUCCGGCAGAACACUAGACAUAUAUACGGUCUGUGAUUGGAAACUCCUUCUUACUGAAUGCAGCUGAAGUCCUUGCGAUCUUAGUCCAGCUGCUAUUAGCUUAGUCUUGCAUUUUUGGCAUUUGUUGUCUUGAAUGUGAUUUCUUUGACCCUUUCAUUGUGUGAAACAAUGUGUGCAAAAAAGUUAAAAUGUAUAUUUCCAUGUACUGUAGUAUGUGCUAAUAAGUGUAUGAGCAUUGAUAAGUAAGUUUUGUAAUUGUUGUAGGUACUUUCACAUCUGUUAAAAAUGUUAGCAAUGAUUAAUUUUAAUAUCUCUUCAGUCUUGUUUUAAAAUGGUUCUUUGCUCUGAGGAUACUUUCGUCGUGUGUCUGCAUACAUUCUUACACGUUAUGUAUGCUUGUGAGACAUAAGUGACAUAAGAUGCCAGCUUGUGUCUUCCAUUAUAUUAGAAUAAGUCAUUUUUCCUUACACCAUGACAUGAAAAGUUAAGCAAAAAAGACGGUGUAAAAACGAUUGUGAAAAACCUCAACAAAUAGCUUUUACCAAGUUGUUUGUUUUAUGUAAAUGUAACUUUUGUCUAAAUGGGGAAAAUUUAAUAAAUUAUCUUUUAUAUGCAA